CAUGUGACCCGGAAGUGCAUGUGAUGUUGUCUGUGUUGUGUUCAGCGGCUUCAGCACACAUAAUGACGGCUUCAGAUCUGUCAGUCAAUCUGUGACAGCAGGUGAUUGAUACAACCUUUGACCUCUGACCCAGACAGCACAUGAACCCACUUGAACUGGAUCACAUUACUCUGAAUCGAUGUUCUCUGAUGAACUUGAUUCCAAACCCGAGGUAUCACUGUCUCAACACUUUUGCAUUUGGUUGCAGAAUCACUGCUGCUGGUUGAGUUUGUUCAGAACGCCUCCAUACCGUUGGGUCAGAGCCUGGAGGAAUCAGACACCAAACCCUCCUGUGUCCCUCUGCUCUCCCCCUCACAAAACUCCUUAUGCAGCCCGUUAGAACGUCCAGAGAGCGCUCUUAGUCAUGCGGCAUCCACAUCGCUGUCAGAGUUCAGACCCGAACGCAGUCCACUGGUGAUGCAGCUGCAGUCUUCCUCCCCCCCGACACAAACCCCGUCCACCAUCAUACACGAGCUCCAGAACCAUGACAGCUCUUCAUACGUCCUGCUCAACCUCGCCAAAGGAUUGACGUCUUCAUCAGAGCCGCUGGUGUUUGUGCAGGAUGAUGUUGAUGAAGCAGAAGAGGAGAUCUGCGCAGAUGGCAGCGUGCCGUGGUACCUGCGUGUGCAGGAGCUAGCACACGACAGUCUGAUCGCUGCUACACGGGCACAGCUCGCGAAAGACGCCCGCGCCAGCUGCGACAGUGAACACAUUCACAGCUGUCAAUCAGAGGUGCCGAAAAAAGAGCCGCUGCCUCGAGCCAGUCGUACGCCAUCAGAUAAAAUGCUCAGAUGUCCUUAUGAAAACUGCCACAGGACAUUCACCUAUCCAGCUCACCGCAAAUACCACUUAAAAACACACAGGAAUGACCGUACAUUCCGCUGUGGAGCAGAAGGGUGUGAAAAGAGUUUUUACGUGCUGCAGCGGCUGCAGGUGCACAUGAGAACUCACAACGGCGACAAACCGUUCAUCUGCAACGAGAAGAACUGCGGCAAGAAGUUCACCACCGCCGGCAACCUGAAGAAUCACAAACGCACACAUACUGGUGAAAAACCCUUUCUUUGUGAGGUCGACAGUUGCGGUCGCUCCUUCGCAGAAUACUCCAGUCUGCGCAAACACAUGCUCGUUCACUCUGGUGAGAAGCCUCACGUGUGCUCAAUCUGCGGUAAAACUUUCUCUCAGAGCGGCAGCAGAAACGUCCACAUGAAAAAGAGACACGGCGAGGACGCAGCGCCCGCCCCUGACAGCAGAGACAUGGGUGAGGCGCUCACUCACAGCAGCUUGUUGGAGGCGGAUGGCGGUGGCAGCGACUCGAUAGUGAACAUGACCACGGUAGAGUCCAUGAAUUUACAUCACGCCAUGUUGAGAACACAAGGUCCAUCAGAUCCUGCAAUCGUCCUGUCGCCCCCUCAUGACCUGGUUACCAUGACAACAGGACACGCGUACAGUGACGAUGUGGUUGCACUGCUGUAGUUGUUGUUUUUGUAAAUAAAGUAUUUUAGGAAACAAAUACUUAUACACCUUUUAGUUUUUUUUUGUUUUAUGUUUUUGUUUACAUUGAACAGACAUAAUGUAUCAUUUUCCUAAUAAAAAAUAUUUAAUAUUAGAGUUACCACUCUCAAA